AUUCGUCAGAGUAUUAACUGGAUUGCAUUAGUGUCUGGUGAAACCUCUUGAGCGUACCUUGAGACUCCGAAUGUCUAGAGACACUUGAUGACAUCGCCAUGGAACACACUGUGAGCCCGAUGUUUGAUCCCAAUCUGAUGCAGAACGACAGCAUGCUCACCUUCAACGUGACGUCCACAAACACCACCACUUUGGACUUUAGUUUAAUUUUUACACCCAUGAUGGACAAAGCCAUCCAAGGCAUAUUGGUGGCUAUCUUAUUCCUCACGAUGGUCUCAUUGGGAUGCACCAUGGAGUUUUCCAAGAUCAAGAGUCACAUUCUCAAACCGAAGGGUGUGGCAAUAGCAUUGGUGGCCCAGUAUCUUGUCAUGCCCCUUACUGCCUUUGCCUUAGUUAAGGCCUUCCAGAUGGUUGAAAUGAUGGCUAUUGCGGUUCUCGUCUGUGGGUGCUGUCCUGGGGGGAACCUUUCCAACAUUCUGGCUCUGGCUGUCCAGGGGGACAUAAACCUCAGCAUUGUGAUGACUUUCUGUUCUACCGUGUUGGCCCUGGGCAUGAUGCCCUUGCUGCUCUUCAUCUACUGUCAGACCUUCACCCAUUUGCAGAGAACUGUACCUUAUGUCGAGAUCACAAUAUCACUCCUCGUGAUCCUUGCACCCACCGGGAUUGGCAUUCUAAUCAAGUACUAUAGGCCGCAGUACGCCAAGGUUGUCACAAAGGUAGGUUUCAUUAUAGUGUCACUUGGCACAUUAGCGCUCAUUAUCGUGGGUGCCAAUGCGAUCGGCAACGAACUUGUGGCUAUGGCGUCUUCUCCACUUAUGGCAGCUGCCGUCAUCAUGCCCUUCACGGGCUACAUCUUUGGCUACGCCAUUUCUACAAUCUUCAAACUUAGUCAACGGGAGUGCAGGACUGUUGCUGUCGAAACAGGCUGUCAGAACACCCAGCUGUGCUCAACCAUUCUGAAGUUGUCCUUUCCAUCAUAUGUGGUCGGCCCGCUUUUCCUCUUCCCAUUUAUGUAUGCAGUCUUGCAGAUCAUUGAAGGCAUGGCGCUCAUAGCGCUGUUCAGGUGUUAUCAGAGGCUCACAAGGAAAAAAAAAGGUAAAAAGCGGCAUUCAUACAACUGA